UAAACAGCACGGUAGAAAGCAAUGUGGGGUAAAAGAGAAGAAAGCAAGAAGGUGUUUGUGGUUGCUGAGAUCGGACAAAACCAUCAAGGAUCGCUCGAGAUUGCUAAGCAGAUGAUACGGAAAGCAAAGGACUGCGGUGCAGAUUGUGUAAAGUUCCAGCGGUCAAACUUGGAGGCAAAAUUUACUGCGGCUGCUCUAGCUCGUCCUUACGAAGGCAGCAAUUCAUGGGGAAAAACAUACGGUCAACACAAGGCUCAUCUAGAAUUUUCUUUCGAAGACUAUCGAGAACUGCAACGCUAUGCCGAGGACGAUGUCGGUGUUCUGUUCACGGCCUCCGCUAUGGAUAUGCUUUCAUUCCGGGAACUCGAAGAACAGCUGAAGGUUCCGUUCAUUAAAAUUGGAUCCGGCGAUGCCAACAACGUCCCGCUGCUACGCUAUGCUGCCACGCGAUCGAUUCCGUUAAUCGUUUCAACCGGAAUGCAACGUUGGGACGAGAUUUGUAAGAUUCGCCGUAUAUUUGCUGAAAGAUGCGAUGUCGCCUUACUACACUGUGUUUCGGCAUAUCCCACACCACCGGAAGACACGAUGCUGCAAUUGAUUCCGCUCUAUCGCCAGCAUUUUCCCGAGCUGACUAUAGGAUAUUCGGGACACGAGCUAGGAAUUCAGUUAACCAUCGCCAGCGUGGCUCUAGGAGCGCGGAUCGUGGAACGACACUUUACGCUCGAUAAGUCAUGGAAGGGAACGGACCAUCAGGCCUCGCUCGAUCCGGAGGAGUUCCAACGAAUGGUGAAGGGCAUCAGGAUGAUCGAAGAGAUGCCUGGCACCGCUUGCCCCAUCCUCGAGUUGGUGGCCCACGUGUUGGAUUCCGCUGAUUACGAUGAGGCAGAGUUGAAACAGGCACUCCGAGCGAUCACUGUCGAGGAUAGGAAGUUGUUAAGCUCAGAGCUAGCGUGCUCCACCAAGCUUGGCAAAUCGUUGGUUUACUCCAAUGACCUCGCUGUUGGCCAUACAUUACGUGAAAUUGAUCUUGAUGUAAAAGUAAGUCAACCCCAAGGAUUAUCGCCAUGGCUUUACGAUUCUGUAAUAGGUUCGACUCUCCGCCAAACCGUAACAGCGGACGGGCCACUUUUAGAACAGCAUUUCUAACAAACGAAAUACAAGUUCUCCAUUUU